AUGAUCUCAUCAAAUGACCCACCACCACCGCCUCUUACCAGUGAUCGUACAACAGAUAGAAUUCUAUUAGAACUUCCGCAAGGUUUACACAAUACAAUGGCGUUAAUAUCACUAGCAAUCUGGUAUAUAUCAAGUGGCAUCACAUUAUUUUCAAAUAAAUACAUUUUAAGUAGUAUGGAUGGUAAAGCAUUAUCGUUGGGUAUGAAUCAAUUAGUUGUGAGUUUUGUUAGUGGUUUUGUUCAACUUCAAAUAAUGAAUCGUAUAUAUCCAAAUAUUCAUCGUAAAGAACAAUCCUUGCGUACUAUCGUACGUGAAAUGUUGUCCCUUGGAGCUUUUAGAUAUUUGACAGUCAUUCUGGGUCUACUGGCUUUACAGUAUAUCGCCGUUUCAUUUGUGGCCACAAUUAAAUCAUCGUCUCCAUUAUUUACAGUUAUUAUUAGCAGAAUUAUUAUUGGGGAGAAAACAGGACAUUGGACCAAGUUAUCAAUGUUACCCAUCACAUUUGGUUUAGCUCUUUGUAGUUCAUUUGAAUUGAGUUAUAAUAUUCUCGGAUUUAUAUGUGCACUCGGCACAAAUGUAUUUGAGUGCUUGCUCAAUGUUUAUUCAAAAUUAUUGAUUAGUGGUGAACGUUAUCGUUAUACGCCUGUUGAACUUCAAGUUUGGACAAGUUUAGUUGCAAGCUGUUUGCAAUUACCUUUGAUAUUGUAUAAUGUGGAUAUGACAUCGGCACUUUAUAAAACACCAACACCAUUACUUCUCAUGUAUAUAUUGAAUGGUCUAUCUUAUCAUAUUCAAUCGGUUUCAGCUUACGCUGUUAUGGCUUACAUUUCACCCAUAACACACAGGUACGAUAAACAGAGACAGGAUGAUACGAGUAAAAAGCAUUUUUUGUGGUUUUAA